GAUCGCGCAGCUCAUGGGUGUUUUAAACGGUCGUGAAAACUCGGUGGUCAGGCACCAUUUCUUUUCGCGAUCUCUUACACCAAGGCAACUCAAAAACCGAGAUUCUAAUAUGAUUGCAGUUAUAAUAACAUAUGAGCCUGGUUAUUCCUGAAUCCAUUCUUGAUCUAUGGGUGUCUACAGUUGUGAUGAGCCUCAAUGAGCCUCUUGACUGGCACUGCCUGCCAAACCUUAUCUCGACUACACCCGUUUCCCCUUUUCUCGCUCUUUUCGAUAUACUCUGUGCACAGUUUCCAGUCUUCAUUUUGAUACCCGUCGGAAGUAAAACGAUAUUGCCUUUUAGACUAGAGUCUGAGUUUUAUCCUCUCUUGCCUUGGCCUUACACUUCUCCUCCCUCUUUUGUUUGCCCGGCUCCAGCGGUGGAUUGAAAUGUUACGCAGCCGCUUUGAACUGGGAUCGACGAUACAUAUAUAUAAAAAUGAGGAAAUCCGGCUUAGAACGGCCACAUCAGUAGAAGUUUCUUGUCCAGAUUCGAUGGCAGAUUUAGACCGCUCAACCCUACUCGAGGCUUUGCAAUCGAGGGACGUUUGGGUCUUCUCGAAACCCCACUUGGAGUUGAAGAUCUCCAUUGGAAUGGAAAGCUCCUUGCAUAGAUAUGACAGAUCUGUCGACGGGAUACUGAAGGAGAUGAGGUCCACUUUGAUUAAAUCACAGCUUUGGCAUAACCUUCAAGCUUCUAUGGUAUCUGCGAAUGACGAGAUUCUAACGAGCGAAGAAGGGAUUGAUUCCUUAAACUGUGUCUUUGAAUUCCAACAAAAGUCAGGGCAGUUUCCACUGCAUAAACCACCGCGGAUGCCCCACACCUUACGUACCCGUUCAUCAGCCAUCGAUCCUCCACCUAGUGUUCUCCGAAUUCACCUUUGCGAUAUCUGUAUCCACUUCAGCUUUUUGUCAAAAUCCUCAAAUACUACUUCGAAAGCUAGCUUCGACAGCAUGCCUAGAUGUACUAGCUUUGAAGAUCUAUCAUCCAUUCUCUCCCCACCAGGAGGUUGUCUUGCAGAGAUGGAUCCUACACUAGAGCUAGGCGAUACCUGCCACUCCUCUCUUGGCGGAUCUCAAACGAGAGUCCAAAGUGACGAUGAUUGGAUGUCUCUAGAUUACGACUCCCCUUUUUGUAGCCAGCAGACCUCUUCCAUUUACUCUUACAGAACUAUGUCCCCCCUUCAAACAGAACUCCCGCGAGUGCCCCCCAAAGCCACAUAUCAGCCAUUCAUGACACUGCUCAACAGUGGAUUCUGCGCGUUGUUAGGCCAAACCACUCCUCAAACCACAUCUAGUAUCACAACGAUUAUUGAGACUCCUGGCCCCAGUUUACAGGAAUUUGCUCCGAGUUUGUUCAUCCCCGGGUAUGAUACGAAUAUACGACAGCGCGCACAUUUUAUUCCCAUGUUAUCUAAAGGGAUCGCCGCUAUGCUGGACAACGUCCCUCAACCGGAUGCCAGUAUUCAAUUAGAGAGCGCUGCGAGCGUUUCGGUUUUUCCUGAAGCGAAUUAUGAACGCGACGGAAGAACCAGUGAUUUCACGAACACUACAAAUACAAAAUCAGGGCUGAAAUCUCUUCUUUGGAGAUCAAUGCAUCGCCGGCUUUUUACGCUCGUGGCACGGCAAUUACCAAGCCUUACAACACCCUUGAAACCUACAAAGAACGGGACAUCACAAACUACCAUACCCUCAAAAUCGCCACCUGAUAGUUCCAUAGUUAUAUCAGACCCAGUUAAUGAUCAGAGCCUCCACCCAGCCAGUAUAUCAGAUACAGAAUGGUGCUUCUCAGAGGAGAGCGAUGAUGACGAUACCCUCCCCACACUCAAAUUAAAUUCCGAACCGAGUGAUCGCGAUACCUAUCUCACCAACUCCUUCCAAAUCCAACACUCAGAUCCUGUCCGCAUCAUCAGCCCCUACCAUGACGACGAACAUGACCUCCUCGACAAUAUCCCCAACACAAUCGAGAAACCGACCCCAUUCUCAUCCCCCACAAUCGCCAUCCUAGACGACGACCUAGAUAUUUUAGAACACACAGAACAUGAAGAAAUCCUAAUCUUAGACACCCCCUAUCUUCACCCUCUACAAACUGAAUCACCCGGCCAAUCAUCAACGUCCCUCACAAGCACGACCAGAAGUACAAUCACAGCCACGGCCACAGUAAAAGGACACAUCCCACCCUCAGCCUCUCCACCCAGUAGCGAAAUGGAAAACCUCGAUCCAUCUUCACCCGCCAUGAUCCCGGAGGAACUCCUUCUCUCCCCCACACUCCACCCCUUCAAUGCUACAAUCACAGAUCCCCACAAUGCCACCGACCUCUUUGAUGCAAAAUUACCUAGGUCUCCCCACUCAGAUGGAAGCGGUAGCGGUUUUGGAGGUGAGAUCUGGGAUGCGGAGAUGUUACUGCUAUAAGCAUCUAAUAACAGGUAAAUCCCAUAUCUAACGCGGGAUAUAUGCUCUAUUGCUCUGGAUGCACCUCUCUUAUCUUUCCAUCUGUCUAUUUAACUCUUACUUUGGAAGGGAGGAUAUGUAUGUAUUCGUAUACUUUGACAAGAUAUUCCUGUAUUAUUACCAUCUUUCCGGUUACUAUUAUUAUCCUUAACUCAGUUUUGUUUCCUCUCUCAUUUUCAUACAGAUAAUAGAAAAGCCCCUGGCUGUAUAGCAUUCUCUCUCACUAAAUACUUGUUUAAUUUGUAUUUUUUAAUAUUUGUCCAUGUUGAGAUUUAAAUCAGAACAGUAGGUUAUGAAUGAAAUUAAAUAUAAAAUUAAUUUCUCGAAUCGUUCUCUAGGUUAUAGCUAGCUAAGUGAAAACUUGUCUAAACGGUGUAUCCAACCGAAGGCUCGUUGGUGCUUUGCAUUUAAUAUGAGAUCAAGGGAUUGAAAUUUAAA